AUCCAGACAGUGUGUGGUCACUGUUCUCCUUAACACACAGCGACAGGACUGUGCUGUCCUCUCUGUGAGAGGAGAUAAAGUGUCUGUAAUGCGCCGAGUUGUGGAAACAACUAGUGUAAUCCUUCCUCAUGUGACUCAUAGUAAUAAUCACUUCAUAAUGAAGAAGCACGAGAGACAAAGGCAGAGUGAGAGCUGGCCGAUCAGUCAGUCCACAACACCUCAACAUCCUCCGGUAAGUGUCACGGUAGACUUGUGCUUGGAGAAGUUUGUUUUCAUUAUUUAAUUUCAUUAUUUCACUCAUUAUAUUGGAAGCUAAUACAUGACCAAUUGCUUGUGAUGUCUUGAAAUGUAGUUAUUACUAUUUGCUAUGUACUAUUGUUGUGGCAUUUUCCCAAAACUUUUGUGAACUGCUCCUUGGUCGGUGCCCCCACCCCCUGUGAACAUGGGUCGCAGUCUAUUAUUAAUAGGCCUGAAGUUCAGUGAAAAGCAUUUGUUUGUCAAGCUGUCAAUUGGUUUUAGAGACAAAACCCAAACGGCAACAAUGGACACAGGUAAUUGUAGGGUUCAGAAAAUUGCCUGACACAGUUGUGACCUUCAUUCAUUCACUGACAUCAAAUAUUCAAAUGCAAAUUAGCUGGUGAAUCACAGCCGGAGAGAGCUGUCCUAUAAAUACGGACACAAACCAUCCUGUCCUCCUCGCAGGGCCCGACAGAGGUGAUCCUGCUUGAGCGGGAGAGAAGGAGACAAGACCAGUUUCUUUUUGGGGAGAAGAGAGUGAAAUCGUAUGAUGUCUGUUGUGGGCGCGCAGCCUUUCAUCAAACCAAUGCAGUCAGUACCGUCAGUAUCGCCUGGUAUCCAAAGGAGACACACGCUUCCCGCGAGCGAAGUCCGACCGCUCAACACGCAAGAUGCAAUAAGCGUCUUUGAAAUCGAGCGAGAAGCAUUUAUCUCAGUAUCAGGUGAUUGUCCCCUCCACCUGGAUGAGGUGCGUCACUUCCUCACGCUGUGUCCGGAGCUGUCCAUGGGCUGGUUCGAAGAGGGCCGGCUGGUUGCCUUCAUCAUCGGCUCUCUCUGGGACCAGGACAGACUCACUACAGAGGCACUGACUCUCCACAAGCCCUGCGGCUCCACCGUCCACAUCCACGUCCUCGCCGUCCACCGCACCUUCAGGCAGCAGGGCAAAGGUCCCAUCCUGAUGUGGCGUUACCUGCAGUACCUCCGCUGUCUGCCCAACGUGCGCCGGGCGGUGCUGAUGUGCGAAGACUUCCUCGUUCCCUUCUACCGCAAGUCAGGCUUCAAGGUGCUGGGGCGCUGCGCCAUCACCGUGGCCAACCUCACCUUCACAGAGAUGUGGUACCCCAUCAGCGGCCACGCGUACAUGCGCCGCAACAGCGAAGCCAUCCGUUUCCCUCAGCAUCCCCUGACUCUGCCGCUUACAAAGACUGACGAACAUGUUGAUGUAUGACAUGCUGGUUUCACGCGGUAGCCGCACAGGUUGACUUUUAUUUAAAACCAGUGUUGUACUCUGUAGGAUGUGUCAGAGUUUCUCUCAGUUCUCAGUGGCUGCUUACUCUUAUUUGUUGGACUUUGUUUUCCUCUAGUCUCAAACUGAAGCUCAUCUUGUGUGAAAUUCUCUUAAUGUGUACAAUAAAUCCAAGAAUGUACUAUACUGUCAUGUGAUGUAUUAUAUGUAACCAACUUCACUUUGUUAGACUGUGUGUAUCACUCACCUGUGGGAGGACUAGAGUAGCGUGUUGAACUAUAACUCUAAGUGGAGUUACAUUGAUGAUGUGUUGCAUUUAUGGUAGACAUAUGGAUUCGUGGCUGUACAGUAAGCUGUCUCCUGCUUAGCACCUUUCUGGGCUUUCCAUAACUAUGGACUGACGUCAGCGAGCAGGCUUUAGCUCGUCCAGCUCUAUUAGGGGGCUUUAGCUAUUGUAAACAUCAGAGGAUUUAGAAGAGGAUCCAUGCAUCAGUUAGACCGCACGUCCAAUAACCUUACAUGUAUGCUGCAGGUUUUUGGUUAGACGAUACAGCUGUUGCAGUUUGUUAAGGCAGACUUUGUAUGGUGAUUUUUUUUUCUUUGUUUGUGUCUGUUACAGUAUCACAAUUUAAAUAAAAUGUUUUAUACUGUUUUUUUUAAAAUGAAAAAGUUUUUGAUUUGUCCUCUCUGAGAUAAUUCACGUUUUUUCUUUUACCAAAAUAUAAUUUGAUGCAAAAAUACAUUUCUUCCAUAUCCACACUGACCGACACGCUUAUCAGAUCAAAGAACUACUGCAGAUUUUCUUGAACACCUUUAUAAUGAGACACGCCACGCCUCCCUGUGUCAUCUUUAUGCUGGUGUUUUCAGAUGCCUCUGAACUGGAUGCACAGAGUUGGUGGGAAGCUUCAUGCUCUUGACUGGAGCUUUAAUCCAUCACAUAGUCACCGACUCAUGUCUAAUCCACCAACGUGCCAGGGUGAGCAGCUCCCGCUCCUCUGAAGGACAAACUUGGCACUCACAAGUGGUCACCUCAAAAAUGACCCACAACUCCAAUUAGCACGGAGCGAGCAGGGAGUGGGUGCUUGAAGUCUGAUGCCAGUAAUUUUUUAGAUGUCAUAUUGUGCCAAAGUAUUAAUUGUUUACCACCUUCUUAUACAUAGAAAAUAAUAAUAAUAAUAUUUCAGUUUUGUCGCUGAAGUCAGAGACAAACUGAUCUUUUAACUCUAUCAAACAGUGUUUUAUAUUCACAGUAAAAUAGACUAGUAGCAGCAGGUUAGUGUUUCUUUGUUCUUUCCAUGAUUCGCCAUAUUUACACAUUGCACACGGCCUCAUGGAGAAGCAAUACCCCAACAGAGUCUAGUCACACAGACAAGGAUCACAAGGCAGGAUACCGAUUCUAAGUAUUUUGGCAGUGAUAUUAAAUUGACACCAUGGGAAUGUGCAGAAAAGAGCAAUCGUCAGCUGUGUUGUCUUCUCAGAAAUCUAAAGUAUUUCAGGUUGAGACUCCCUUUUCUAAAUCUCACUGGUCAAGUGUACUUUGGGGAGGACAACUGUGAUAAAGAGUUUUCACAUUUUCAGCCACAUUUUCUCCUGCAGACGGAAAGUGUCUGCAGGAUGAAGAUGGCUCGCAGCGUCUUCGGUUUCAAGCUGAUGCGGCCAGCUGGCAUCUUUGCACAGUUGGCUGUCGGUGAAGUCUGUGAUUCAGUUUAUUUCCUCUGGCACAGGGUUUCAGACCAGACCUGGAGAGUAAGACAAACUGAUGAGGAACUUUUGAUAAACGUAUUUUAGGAUAUUCAGGAGUCCAUCUGUGCUGUGUCUUGUGAUGGUUAUUAUAAGUAUCAUACUAUCUGUUUAUGUG